AGAGGGGUGAGAGGGGGACCUAGAGAGAACAGCAACAAAAGUUUCUGGUUGAAUGUGGUUUGCCCACAGUGAUCCAAACAGCUUUGGAAGACAGAGCAGCAGCAGCAGCAGUGACUGUGACUGUGGCUGGCAGACUAUAAUGGAGAUGAAGCCACUGACAGUGAUUCUCUGUGGUCAUGAGUUGUGUCUUCCCUUCACUUCUGUGUAACUUGACCAUCUGGACUUCAGCCCCACCAUCCCCUCACCUAUGCCUGCAGGACCAUGGGUAGUGUCAGCAGCCUUGUCAAUGGCAACAGCCUCAACAGCAAACACUGCAAAGCAUCUGACUAUAGGUUAAAAAAGGGUGCAAAUUAUCAUAGAAAGAGUGGAGGUUGCAGCCUUGAUGGGUUACUUAAGUGCGGCUUUACUCAGGGCUCCUCGUCCAACACGCAUCCCUCUAAAGGCCUGUACCACUCCCGUUCGGGACGAAGUGAAGAUUUCUUUUACAUCAAGGUCAGCCAUAAACCGAGGUCAAUGCACCACAGAGGAGGAUCAAUGGAAGAUCAUCCAAGUGGAAAGAACAGCCAACAACAACCAAAACUGCUGUUUAAGUCAGGAAAAAUUAUUGAGAAGACCUCUGCUGAGAAGUCACUGGUCCGUUCCACUGCCUUCAAGCCUGUGAUUCCCAGGAGUACAUCCUCCACAGAGACAGGCCACAACAGCCUGGACCACAUCCUUUGUCCUCUGGAGAAAGCAAAGAGUCCAGACAUUAGACACAAGCAAGAUACCUUAUCAGGGACUCUCUCCGACUCCGGACGCAACUCUAUGUCUAGCCUGCCCACCCACAGCACCAGCGGUAGCCUAAGUGCUUCUGCAGGCCCUGUCACUCAAAGUGAUGGCAGCUCAGCUCCCGCAAACAGCCUCAGCAAGGGAGCACAACCCAAUUUCCCUCCAUGGGUCAAUGGGAAUAGUGCUAACCUAGACGGUAGCUACAGGGCUGGUUUAAACAGUGGGGGACUGGCAUCUAAGGCUAAUGGCUCCCCACUUUCUGCAGAUGAGCCAAGCCCUCUCUCUGAAACUGCAGGUGGGAUUCGAUCCCCUAUUACUACAGAUGAGUCACUAAUUGAACGUUUGGAACAAAGGCUGCUGCAGAGAGAGACUGAACUGCAGGAGCUACAGGUGACUUUUGAGGAGAAGGAAACAGACACCUGCCAACUGUUUGAGGAGAGACAAAGGUACUGUACUGAGGAGAUGGAUGGACUGAAGCAGCGAUGCUCCACAAAGCUUCGACAAGUGUCCGAAAUGGCUGCAAAAACCCAGCAAGCACUCCAGCUGCAGGUCAGCCAGCUCCAGGCCGAGAAGGAGAGGCUUCAGGAGGAUGUCUCAAAGCUUACCCGAGAAAAAGAUCUUGUUGAGCUCAGACUGAGAUCUUAUGAGAGAGAGAGCACGCUGCUCACUCCGACACUCGAGGAAACUCAAUGGGAGGUGUGCCAGAAGACAGGGGAGAUCUCACUGUUGAAGCAGCAACUGAGAGACUGCCAGGCGGACGUCAGCCACAAGCUAAACGAGAUAGUAAGCCUCAGGGUUUCACUGAAGGAAAACACAGCGAAGAUGGAGAUGCUCGAGAAACAGAAUAAAGACCACGAGGGCAAACUCCACUCUCGCAACAUAGAGGUUGAGGUGUGCCAAAAUGAACUCCAGCGCAAGAAGAAUGAGGCUGGUUUGCUGAGGGAGAAAGUAGGCAAACUGGAGACAGACAUUCAGGAAAUGAAACAGGAUCUGGCAAUGGCAAAAGAGCAGAGGGUGCAGCACAGUUUGCAACUUGAAGCCCAUACCCAGACUCAGGUCUUGGAAAGACCAAUCCAAGGCUCAGACUCCCCUGCUCAGGGCCAGGGGGAGGAGAACAGUGGACACAUCUCCACAGAAUUAUUCCAGAGGGAGGUGGAAAGACUGAAGCGGCAACUUAGGGAGGAGAAGGAUGCACAUGAGAGGCUGGCCAGCAGCUUCGAGCGGGAGAGGCAAACAUGGAACAAGGAGAAAGACAGGGUCAUCAAGUACCAGAAGCAGCUACAGAUCAACUACUUGCAAAUGCACAAGAAAAACCAGGACCUGGAGAAGAUCCUGAAGGAGCUGACCGCUGAACUGGAGAGCCGGACAGAGCUGGGCAUGGACAUCAACUACAGCUCAGGGUUACAAACAUAUGACGAUGUUAUUGCCACAGAGAUUUGAUGGGAAGCACUCACACACAUUCAGUAAAAGUGAACUGAUUGUUUUUUCACCCCAGCUAUUUAUGAUAUUAUAACACCGGGAGAUUCACUGCUAAUUAGUGUUUUACACAGUGUUUGGUUAUUUAAUAUAAUGUGCAUGAGCCAAUAAUUGUAUAGCAACAAUACAACUGAAAAUAGCUUUUUGUGACUACUUUUAGUAUUUGUUUAAAACUAAAUACUAAGUUAUUGAAUGUUCAAAUGACAAUAUAUAUUUUUUUUUUUUACCAUGCUGUCAAACAGGAUCACUCAUCGUUCAAAUCAUGCACAAUUUUGUAGUGUAAACUCCAUUUAUUAGUUGUUAAUGGAUGCAGGCCAGACAAUAGCUGAUUUAUCUGUUUCAUGGUAAAUAUCUGAUGGUAACACAUGAUAAGCAUGAUUAUGCCUUAACAUCUGUCCCUCCCAGCAUGGAAAAUGGCAGUGAUAUAUCAUCUAUCAUCAUCCACUUUGCCCUGUGUAUCCACGUGACUGUGUGCUCCCACUCUGUCCAUUCUUAAGGGGACUGCGCACAAAAAAUUUAAACCAUUUCAAAACAAGGCACAUAUCUAUUUACAUAUCUGUUUUUCACUUCAAAAUACAUGUUAAAAUAAUUUUAUCCUGUCAUGCAUUUUCAUCCUUAAGAACUUCAAAACAUUUCAGUGAUUUAUUUCGCAAGGCAGUGCCAUUGCGUGUGUCAAUUCAGGUACCAUAUCGUUUCCACUCAUACAAUAACAUCACUCCACUGAACAGAUAUUGAUACAUGAAACUAUUUUUUUUUUCUUUAUGAACACAAACAUCUGAAAUGGGUUCAUUGUAGUUCAGAAUGACUGUGUUGAUGAAAUCUCACAGUCAUCUAAUUACCUAAUUUAAUUUUCUAUGGCUCCAUCUAAACUUGAGCCGAAAUUAACACUUUGGACCAGUGGACUAGGUCACUGGAUUGUCUGAGCAAGCAAACCUUACACCUGAAUGAUGCAUGGAAAGUUUAUUACACUACCAAUAUGUUAAUUCCUGAUACAGAAAUGCACAUAAUACAGUGUCGACCACUUCUGACAGAUACGAAUGGCAAAUGCAAAUGUUUGGAUUCACCUUCUGUGUGUGUUUAGAGAGAGAGAGACAGACAUUAAAGGGGGUUGGAUAUAAUACAAUUAAAGCAAAUAUUUUAAGAGAAACACUAUGGGGAAAAGGGGGUGAUCUUCCAGUAAUGUCUAUCUCUGUCCCUACAUUGUUCAUCUAACUUUGUGAGAGUUAGCUGGCACUGUUCCACUCAGAGACAAACAAUCCUUCCUAGCAGCCCUGGACAUUUGGCUCUACUAUUUUGGAGCUAUUCCACUUCCCACAAGGGCAAAGUAGAUAGUGAAGCAAAAGUUUACUACUCGACCCACUCAAUACUCAGGAGCUCACAUCAACUAUCAGGCAGAAAUAUAUGCACACACUACGCUCAAGAAUGUGUGGUAAUCUUUGUAAUGAGGCUGCUUGAGAUUACUCAGCUACCCACCAUUACAUUACAUUACCGCAGCAGGUCAGGAGAGAUUUGGUGCCAGACAGACUAAGUGGAAUGCUAAGGUGAGGUGCUGUAACUAGGGGCACUCAAACUCAAGUGACUGAUAAGUGUUUUACAGCCCUUACUCUCGGCCUUUGCACAGAAAAGUGGUCGAAUAGGGAGGCAGCAUAAGGACAGUUGAUACUAAAGCUGUGGUACUGGUGAAAAUUUCUUUGAAUUCGAUCUACAAAACCAACAAAGAGCAACUUGCACACCCUGGGAACAAAAGCCUCAGUGAAACAGACGGUAUGCUGAGAUAGAAUUGGAAAUUAGUAUCAACAAACAAGCUAGGGUGCAAACAUGGAUGAUUUAAAUAGCAGCAAAUGUUUGUCUUUUUUGCAUCAGUGCUCUUUUUAACACCUUUGCCAACUUAAUUUGUGUAUUCAAAAAUGCUGUUUAUCUAAAAAAAAAAAAGAAAAAACAAGAGUUUUUUACAUCUAUUUCAGCAAUCAGCAAAUGAGAGCAAAUGUAUCUGUAUUUAAACAUCAACAAACAUAUUAUUGGAUUAUUCUGUGUUAUGUUUUUGUUUAAUGAUUACAAAAACUGUCCUUUAAUGCACUUCAUGUUGAAAGGUAAUAUGGUUGAAUAGUUUUGAUUAAGAACACCACACCACAAUAGACAAUACUGCAUAAAACACAUUUUUUUCAAACACUUGUUACUAUUUAUUACACAACUUCACAAGCACAUGCUGGAUUUAGAAAUAAAUAUGAAUGCUGUUGAUAUAUA